GCACUCUGGGUAAAAUAAAUGGCGGCUUACACGAAAUGUUUAGACUUGUUCGUCGCUUUCUAAAAUUGGGUGUWAUCAGAGAUUAUUCAGGGUUUUUGGGCCAGCCAAUCAAGCAAUACAAGUUUGUUCAUAUUUCAAGACUUUURCAGGCUACUGAGCAACCUACUGGUGGGCAAUACCAGUUUCUUGGACCAGUCCCACAAGACCGUCUUACAAUCAAGUUUGCUAGAAGCUCAGGUCCUGGUGGGCAAAACGUCAAUAAAGUAAACACCAAAGUUGAAAUUCGUUUUCAUGUUGAGUCUGCUGACUGGAUCCCAGAAGAAGUUAGAGAGAAACUUCUUAAAAGGGAGAGAAACAGAGUGAACAAGAAUGGUGAAUUGGUGUUGACCUCUACCCAGUUUCGAUCUCAACUAAAAAACGUUAAAGAUGCAAUAUCCAGACUGCAAACCAUAAUCAAAGAUGCUUCAUUUGUUCCUGCAGGACCAUCUCAGCAGCAGCAAGACCACAUCAAAAUAUUGGCAAGAAACUUUAAUGAAAGACGUUUAGCCACAAAGAAAUUUGCAUCACAAAAGAAGARAGGAAGGAAAAGUGACCAUUGAUSUUGUUAUUGAAAUACAUGUGAUAUGAGAAUGAAUAGGACGGAUUUUCAAAAUCAUUAAAAUUAAUAUGGCACCACAAAUUCCAGAAAAAGAUCCUUAACAUGUUGUAAAUUGGAUGUUUAUAUAAAAUGUAUAUGAAAUAAAGUUGUUCAUCUAUUUACA